AUGAGUCUUGAAGUAAUAAAUCCGAUGGACAAGUUGACGAUCUCAGAUCAAAUCGCACAAGAAAAAAUGAGCUUGAAUCUACUGAGGCAAACUAACUGUAAAUUAGAAGAAUCUAUUGAUAUUUUGGAAGACCAGUUAGCUAACAUAGAAGAUGAAGAUAAUGAGUGGAAAACAAGAUACUUGAUUCAAAAAGAAAUAAACGAUUACUAUAAAAGAGCAUUCUUCUAUUGUGAUCAACAAAUUCCAAAAGCUAAGGCUAUGCAGAGAAUCGUAAAUCGUGCUAUCAGAAGAGGCUCAAAAGUCUCCAGUUAUUUGGACCUUGAUGAUGAAUCAAUUCAAGAACUUGAGGAGUACCGAGAAUAUAUUCUUCGACUAUGUCGGGAAUUAGAGGCUAGAAUAGAACAGGAAGGAAAGGCUUACUAUUGGGCAACAGAAAUUAGAAAACGUGCAUUAAUCGAAUUAAACUACACAUAUAUACCAGCACCAGUAAGUAAACAUCCUGUGGAGAAAAAGAAAGAAGAUGAGGAUGGCGAAAAACCAAUAAGGAGAGCCCAGUAA